GUCUAGCUACAUUUUAGGCAUUCAUAAAAUCUGUUAACCUCCAUUAGCGAUCGCAUGGACUUUCCAGAAUGGACUUAGCUGCCGAUUUUCUCUAGGUCAUGCUGACCGAUCGGAUCUAGCAUAACGAUCGUUUACAUCAAAAUUCAACCAAUAAUGUAUUUCCUAUUUGUCCAUGCUAUAUACUUAGUUCUUGGUAUCGAUGCUGUAGGUCUAUUUUCGACCCAUUUAGGGAUUUGAACGAGUAUCUUAAGAUGGAUCCGGUAUAAGAAUUAUAAUACCUAGGCUAGAACAGACUCAUGACUCAGGCAUAGGUACAUGACUCUGCAUAAUUGUUAAUAGCACACAAGGCUAUCAGUUAUAUCCAACGGAAAUUUACUGUCUAUAAGUCAUAUACCCAGCUGUUUCGACAAGUUUAAACUAUAAGUUCAAGAGCAAACUUCAAAUAGCCCCUUCAAAAUGCCUUCUAUCGAUCUUGAGUACCCCAAGCAACCUUAUAACAAGGUUAACCGAUAUGACUCUCGAGCUACCUAUGCUCUGGAGACCAUCCACCAGAUAGUGAACGCCUGUCCUAUUCUCCAUGUCUCCUUUACCGUUCCUAACUCCCCCUUUCCUACGAUACUGCCUAUGAUAGGUCAGAUGGGCUCGUUUGACCGGCCUAGCGCGGAUACGGGGGAUGUACUCGAGCUUUAUCUCCACGGUUACGUUUCAUCGCGGCUCAUAAACAUGUCGCGAAACGCCACCAACGACACCGCCUCGUCAGGGGAAGAAGAGGGAUUGCCAAUAUGUGUGGCCGCCAGUCAAGUGGAUGGCCUGGUCCUGGCGCUCACCCCGAACUCGCACAGUUACAACUACCGUUCGGCAUCACUGUUCGGGUACGCGAAGCUGGUGACUGAUAUCGAGGAGAAGCAAUACGCCAUGGAACUCAUCACCAACUCAGUAGUCCGCGAUCGCUAUCGCCACACUCGCGUCCCACCCAACGCCGCCGAGAUGCAGAGCACCAGCAUCUUACGCGUCAAGAUCUCCGCCGGCAGCGCUAAGCUCAGGACUGGCAUGCCCAACGACGACAAGGCAGAUGUGGAGAACGGCGAGCUACUGGACAAGGUGUGGACAGGCGUAGUUCCCGUGCACUACACUCUGGGAGAGCCAAUCCCCGGACCGUAUAAUAGGGUGGAGAUGCCGUCGUACUUACGAGAGUUCGUCGCGGAUUCUAAUCACUAUGCGAAGGAGCUCGCCGUGGUGGAUGCUAUGAAGCCAAUGGCAGCGAAGCCGAAACAUCAUGAUGAUGCCUGAUUUUGCUCUAGCCCGUGGUGGCGUUUCCUAAUUGUUAAGCGUUGUGCCUAUUAUUCCCAUGGAAGAAUCUCGAUGUUGAAACUGGCCGGCCUCAUAUUAACUAUCACAUAUAAGGCCUGAUUUCUCGUUAGCAAUUAUGGCGUCGUUUUUGCGAUAAUAACAAAGCAAUUCACGUUAUAACAUAUUCACUAUUUCGUAUUAAUAAGUAUAUGGUUGUUCGUUUAUGUUGAAGCAGAAUCAAUGCAGGUAGAAUCGCAAGUACUAAACCUACCAAACCCAGGUAUCUCAAUAAGACCGUAC